AUGAACUCGCAGAGACCAAGUAAAGUCGAAGACAGUCUCUCAGAAAAUGAUGUUGAGUACUCGCCACUCUUCUCAUCUCUUGAGGUUGAAGCCAAUAUGGCAGAGAUGGGGAGAUACUUUUCGAAGAAGAACGGCAUUCGGGUCAUCACAGGACUGGGACAUCAGAAAAGAGGUGCUGAAGAUAUGGUUCUGGGAGACCAGAACUUUGGAGACUUCCAAGAGCUGUGCAAGCGCAGUGCGGUUCUUGUCUGCUUCAUUAACAGAUUUAUCAUGAAGCCUGGAAUCUCGGAUAUCCCAAAGGAUAAGAAACGUCUGAGAGUCUCGAGCUUAAUAUUCCGAUCGCUCAUGGCCGCCUUCGACACUUCUCCGUGCUUUGUAUCAUCUAUGAUCAGCGGAGACAUAGUGACAGGGUUAGGAACUCGAUUAGUAUGUGGGCAGAAUGAAAAGCAAGCCCUGUCCUUUUGGUACACACUCCCUGUGCGUACUGCAACCCCAUGCUUUGAUGAAGAGGGAACGCAUGCGCUCAGUGUCAUUGGAAGUAAUCAGGUGGAUCCUAAUGGUUAUCUACACUUGGCGGAUAUCAAGCACGAUAUCCGUCCUUCCAAAAUUGGCGUGUACUCUUGGCAUGAUGGUACACUCUCUAGAACAGUGAUUGUUGACUUUCAAGACGGUCGACUACAUGCAAUUGCGGAUGAGCCUUACAGAAAGAUCAAAGAGAUGAUCGGGCGAACUACUGACUAUAGACCGUUGGACUCGCACAUCGCCCUGCUUUCGAGUUCUGCAAGAUGGUGGAAUCAUGCGCUUACACAACUGAAAAGGCAGUUGGCCCAUUUUGUGCGUAUAGUUGAGCGCAACAAGGGCGCAGUAGUUGACUUGUCACAGGAACUGAAAUUACUCGAAGACAAUGCGCAACAGCUCACAUCGCCGAGUAUCGACUUUGAAUGCAGUGCCCGACACUUGGCGAUGAAAAAGUCUCUACACUCUACGAUGUCACAUCUUCAGAGAUAUAAGACUGAACUUGGGGCGAUUGAAGAGAUAGUAGCUGAUUUGCAAGUGGUAUCCAAGAAGCUCUAUUCAAUCAAGGAGUUGGCAUUGUCAAGAGAAGAACCCAACUCAGAAGCCGUCGAUGAGAAUAUCGCUACCAUUAGAAAGAAUAUUUCUGGUGCAAGGGCGUUUUUGUUCGAACUUGAGGUAAAGACAGAGGCAAUCAUGGGCCUUCUGUCAGACGUUGUCAAGUCUCGGAAUGAUAUGCUGAUGGUGAACAACGGCAGCAUGGUCCGAAAGCUGCUCAAAUCAGCUAGGAAGCAAAGCAAAGCAUCUCAGACUAUGAUGAGGGAAUCCCAGAGGAUGGCGUCGGAUAUGAGAAAAGACAGUGUUUCUAUGAAGACAAUUGCCCUGCUGACUAUGGCAUUUCUUCCCGCGACGUCCAUUGCGGCAAUACUAUCUAUGCCAUUCUUCAGUGAGCAAAAGUGGUUCAAUAACCCAGCCAAAGCGUGGCUUUGGGCAGUAUUGACGGUUCCUGCGACGAUAGCGUCUGUUUGCAUCUAUUUGUUUCUAACCAGGAAGGAAGUUAGAUCUACUGGGAGUGCUCUAGUCAAUGAUGAGGAGGAUGAUAUGGAGAGUGUUGACUUUGUACUUGAUGACUUGUAA